AACGACGGCACCCAAAAAGCAGUCUGCAGAAGCAAGAGGAGCACCAAGAACAAACCAGAAACCCUGAACUGCUCUCUGCCUGUGUGCGGUGGUGGAUGGGCUUUAAAGCAACUGACAGCUUCAAGCUGGAAAAAUGCGAUUUCUUCAGGAGUGAUUAUGGUCCGCCUGCCGUCAGCUGCUACUGCAGUGGAACUGGACCUUCUGUAGUGAGUUUUGUCUUCCCGGUGCAGAUUUCUGACUAGCGGCUAUGGAGGAACGAGAGUGAUAGUUGAAUUACCGGGCGGAAACUUUAAAUUCGAUUGAGUGACCUGAAAAAGUUUAUCCAGUUGUAGAAUUGCUGAGCCGAUGAGAAGGACGUGAUGCUGGCCAGUGUCGUGAUAAGACAGGUGUCCAAUUAGAACAAAACUUGUUCCAUACGUGACAGAGAGUUGAUGGACUAUACGAAGGUCGAGGAUGGUUUUUAAUCUCCAAAGUCUAGACAAAGCAGUGGCCUAGCCAAAUAUUUUAGAUCGGAAAGAAGUGGUCUCGGCAGUGGUCCAGUUGACAAGUGUUUGUUUACGUUCGUGCUCGAACAGCGUUUGCACGUGAAAAGUCUGAAAUUAAUCAAAGGUCAUGAACGAAAUCAAAAAUUGCGACCCCAGGAGAGGAACCUUUGAUAAAAAGUGAACAGUAGUGGCAGUAGCUACGAAAUUGACAUUCAGCUGCUCGCUGCAGGUAUCGUGUUUUGUUUUUAGUUUGCAUACAAACUUCGCAUGCUUAUUCGGUGGAAUGUUUGCAUGUGUGAGUGGUCAUCCCACUGCUUGAGAGAAAACCACGGUGUUGAAAAAUAUUGCAAAUAUAUCUUCCACACACGACCUAUGAUUGUUAGAAUCUCUAGUGAUGCUUUCUAUGUUAGUUUAAACAGAAAAUAGGAGUAAAAAUUGUUGUUUAAAUUAGGCCUAGUAGUCAAAAGUUACAACCUUGCACAGGGGAAAAGAAAACAAGCGGUGUUUCCAAUAAGAAUAAUGCCCUGCUAACGGGCGAGCUUCGGGAAGUGUGUUAGUGUUACAGCAGCAUAGUCUGCUGGCAAGAUUUGGGAAAAAUCUCAGUGUGGCUGAUGGUAGUGAAGAGGGGCGAUGUUCUGUGAUGCUGUGAUGCAAGAAUGAAAAGUGUUUCCAGUGCAAAAUCGUGUACGUGGUGGCUGUGUUGGUGAUUUUUUUACGUAUAAAACAACAUCGGAGGCGCGUCGGCAUACGCAAAGAAAGAGAUCUCGUUCCGGCGUCGGUCGGUCGGGUUUAGGGAGUGCGGCAUACAUCCCGAUGUCAAGUUAUGAGCUUAAUUCAAUUUUCCGGUCCCCACGACAGAAGGUCCCUUUCGCAUUACCCUUUUUCACGCCGGAACUUCGAAACGGCGCUGCCGCAGAGCCCUUGAAAGGAGGAAAUUCGUUUUUGGCGGGUGUGAGAAAAUUAAGAAGAUAGAUAUAUAUGUUGGUUGACAAAAUAUAAGCAAAGAAGUAUACAAAAAAAUCGAAAUGUCGUCUCAUCACUUGUAUGGGGCGUUAAUUGCGCUCACCUGCGUUCUGUGCUACCACAACAGUCUCAACUGUGGCUUCGUGUUCGACGACAUCAGUGCAAUCAAGGAAAACCGGGACCUGAGGCCGCACUCGUCCAUCAAGAAUGUGUUCCUGAACGAUUUCUGGGGAACGCCGAUGCACAAGGAACAAAGCCAUAAAUCAUACCGGCCGCUGUGUGUGCUGACGUUCCGGUGGAACUAUUUGCUCCACGGGCUCGAACCGGCCGGGUACCAUCUGGUGAACGUGGUCCUGCACACGAUCGUAUCGCUCAUGUAUUUCCGAAUGUGCGCCAUGCUACUGUCGGAAGUGUCCAGCUUUGCAGCGGCGAUGCUAUUCGCAGUGCAUCCCAUCCACACCGAAGCGGUUACCGGCGUGGUUGGUCGAGCCGAAACACUGUCGUCGGUGUUUUUCCUGGCGGCGUUCAUUUUCUACACCAAGGCGACGCGACGGAAAAAAGCUACAGGUUGGCGCUACCUGACGCUGGCAAUGAUCCUGGUGGCUACGGCAAUGCUAUGCAAGGAGCAGGGCAUCACCAUUACCGGCAUCUGCGCCAUCUACGAGAUCUUCGUCGCCCAAAAGGUCCGGCUGAGCGACAUCUACCACGUGGCCCGGUCGGUGAUGAGCGGAAAAUCGCUGGCCCUGCCCAGCGGAUGGUGGCCACACGAAGCGACCCGACGGUUGGCCGUCCUGUGCGUGGUCACCGUGGCGCUGCUGUUCGCUCGAUUGCAAAUUAUGGGCUCGCAGCUGCCGGUCUUUACGAGGUUCGACAAUCCGGCCUCGGUAUCGGUGACCCCAACGCGACAGCUGUCCUACAAUUAUCUGGUGUCGGUCAACCUGUGGCUGCUGCUGUUUCCCUGCGAUCUGUGCUGUGACUGGACCAUGGGAACCGUCCCGCUGGUGGAGAACUUUUCCGAUCCUCGAAAUCUGACUACGCUGGGAGCGUACAGCCUGAUUGGGGUGCUGGUUUGGAUGGCGUUCCUGCAGGGUGACCGACAGCGAUCCGGUGUGGUCGUUAUGGGACUCGCAUUCAUGAUCCUGCCAUUCCUACCGGCUUCGAACUUAUUCUUCCCGGUAGGGUUCGUCAUCGCCGAACGAGUUCUCUACAUGCCUUCGAUGGGAUUCUGCAUUCUAGUGGCCUACGGUUUCCAACUUCUCUCGGAGCGGUGGAACCGCAAAAUGACUUGGUGCUGUCUGGGAUUCCUUCUACUGAGCCACUCAAUCAAAACCUACAAUCGCAACGCGGACUGGGAAUCGGAAUACACGAUCUUUAUGUCCGGCCUAAAGGUGAACCAGCGAAACGCGAAACUUUUCAACAACGUCGGACAUGCCCUCGAAAGCGAAGGCAAAUUCGAAGAAGCUCUCCAGUUCUUCCACAAAGCGGUGAGCGUCCAGCAGGAUGACGUUGGCGCUCACAUUAACGUGGGUCGAACCUACAACCAUCUGAAAAUGUUCAAAGAAGCCGAACACGCUUAUCUGAAGGCAAAAUCUCUACUACCGAAGGCCAAACCCGGCGAGUCGUACCAAGCUCGGAUAGCACCGAACCACCUGAAUGUCUUCCUAAACCUGGCGAACCUGAUCUCGAAGAACGCCACCCGACUAGAGGAGGCAGAUUUGCUGUACCGGCAGGCCAUCAGUAUGCGAUCGGAUUACACACAGGCGUACAUCAACCGAGGUGACAUCCUGAUCAAGCUGAAUCGAACCAAGGAAGCGCAGGAGGUGUACGAGAGGGCGCUUCUGUACGAUAGCACCAAUCCGGAUAUCUACUAUAAUCUGGGGGUAGUCUUCUUGGAACAAGGCAAGGCGUCCCAAGCGCUAGCGUAUUUGGACAAGGCGUUAGAGUUCGAUCCGGAGCAUGAACAAGCGUUGCUCAAUUCGGCCAUCCUACUACAGGAGCUUGGCCGACCUGAACUGAGAAAAAUCGCUCGUGAGCGGUUACUUAAACUGCUGGCUAAGGAUGAGUCCAACGAGCGUGUGCACUUCAACCUGGGCAUGCUAGCGAUGGAUGACCGCAACACGGAUGAAGCUGAGAACUGGUUCCGCCGUGCGGUGCAUCUCAAGCAGGACUUCAGGAGUGCACUUUUCAAUCUAGCGCUGCUUCUCGCGGAUGACCAUCGACCGUUGGAAGCGGCACCAUUUCUCAAUCAGCUGGUCAAGUAUCAUCCGGAUCACAUCAAGGGACUAAUCCUGCUCGGUGACAUUUACAUCAACAACAUCAAGGACUUGGAUGCGGCGGAGAAUUGCUACAAACGAAUCCUCCAGCUCGACCCCAUCAACAUCCAAGGACUGCACAACCUUUGCGUGGUGUACGUCGAACGGGGCAAACUGGCCCAGGCACAGGCCUGCCUAUCGCACGCCCAUCAGCUGGCACCGGGUGAGGAUUAUAUUCUGCGCCAUCUGCAGAUUGUGCAGACCCGGAUCCAGCGGCUUCGUGGCACGCCCGAACCCAGCCGGGAGAAGGAAAUUGCCUUUGCCGACUACGAUCCACGGGAGUUUGGUGGCAAUCCGUCGUCCUCCCCGUUGACCGACGUUGAUUUGCAGCAGCUAAUCAAUGGCAACAAUGUAAAUAGUAACGAUAAUAAUGAGGUGACUCAGCAGGGGGAGGACGAAACGCAGCAGAGCGACAGCAGUAGUAGUAGUGGCACUAGCACUAGCAGUAAUAAUGAUAACCAUAAUAAUCUGAAAACAUCAUUACCUCAUGCGGAUGGUGCAGAUGGCGCCUCUGACGUUAGCCGCAGUAGCCCAGACAGCAGCAGUGAUCCUAUUUUUAUCGAAUCAGAGGACGCAGUAUCGGUGACGGCAUCGGCCGUGCCGAGCCAAAGCUCGGGUGGGGAUCCUUUGGUGGCCAACGAAAGCCACCAAGAGCAGGAGCACAGGAAGCCUAGAUUAAGCGAACCUAGUAGUAGUGAUAGCAGUAGCAGUAGCGACAGUUCAAGCAGUAGCAGUAGUCCCCAAUUCCAUAAAAAUCACCACCAACAACACCAACCACCACAGCAUCAGCAGCAGCAGCAUCAUCAGCGUAGAAGGAGAAGUAGUCCUUCGCAUCGACACCACCACCACCAUCAGCAGCAGCGCGAGCAUGUGGAUGGCGACAGCAGCAGUCCCGCCCAGUUGGUAGGGAAGGACCUGGAUGAUCCAUCGUCCGGAAUGUCAUAGCAUCAGAUUCUUAAUUACAAGUUAGACUGUUUUAAAAUUAAUUAGGAACUGAAAACAGUGGACUGAAAAAACAUCAACGCCAGUGGCAAUGGUGCGGCGAUGCUGCUGCUGCUGCUGCUGGUGCUGUUGGCUGCUGAUAAACUAAUGAUUAUGAUGGUGUUGUUUGGGCGAGCGUUGUACAGCAAGCAUGAACGGGAAACGGGCGGAAGGGGUGUGUUCCAUCAUUGUGCGGUGCGAAUAGAGAUAGAGGAGAUAGGAUUUUGUAACGGUUGACGAUGAAGAAUGGAUUUUCCUAUGAGCGGGUGGGCGGAAAAUCAGAUGGAUCUUUAUUAGAAGAGUGGUCAACCAAGCAGCAAAUUAGUGGAGGGGAUUUCGGCAAAGCCGUGAUUAAUAUGGUCCUACACUGUGCCGAAAAGUUAUUUCCGAUUGUAUGUAGGGGGGAUGGCGGCUUGUUUUGGAUUAUAUAAUUGAAAUUUGGUCACGAGUUGUAGCCAAAUUUAACAACAUAAAUUGUAAAAAAAACCUUUCAACGAAAGAACGAAAACUGUCAUUCCUUUAUGGAAUCAUGAUUUCAGCAACGUUUCUUUGAUUCCUUGCCCACACGGAAACUAAUGGAGUCGCAUGGUCACUUAUUAUCAUUCUGCAAAUUCAUUUAUUAGUGCUGUGUUUAAGGAC